AUGAUAUGGAUAUAUGGCUAUGAGGAAAAGGGCAGGUUUUGGUUUGGGUUGGGUCAGGGACGACCCAAGUGUUUCAUUGGGCCAGAUUCAACCACUGGCCCGUUUACUUUUCAACCCAAACCAACAAGUCCUUGCCUCUGUAAAUUCUGCAUUUCCGACUGUCCGACCAAAAUCAAUGGCCGGAAAUGCAUCGUCUUCUCUCACCCUUGUCUUCCUCAUCAUCCUGAUCGCCGCUCCGACACCCUCCGGCUUGUUCUUUCCAACGCCUUCCCUAGUGUCCCUGGGCCACUCACUCAUGACUCGCGUGGCCAACCUUCGGGCCUCCAGAGGGGACCAUUCCGGCGCCGAGCGAGCCAGGGCAGUGGCGGCGACGCUGGAGCGAUUAGAGUUAGCGUUGGGGGGGAUGAUGUGGUCUACGGGGUGGGACUACUUCAGAAACUACCCUUGGGGGAGAUGAAGGGUGCCGUUCCGGAAAUGAAGGAGUUGCUGAGGUGGAUGACAGAGUUGAGUCGGACGGAGUCGGGUGCGGAGAGGGCGGCGUGGGUGGUGCGAAAUUACCAGAGCGUCCUGACGGUAUCCAAUUCGAUGCUAGGGAAGCUCCUCCAGGAGUUUCGUCAAUCGGGGGCGUUGAGGGAAGUGGUGGAGAAGUUGAAGAAAGAGGUGACGGAGGGCGAAUUGCUGAGAGAUUGUCUUGAAUUGGUAAGCAAUGACUGGAAAGGCUUGAUCCAAGUGCUUAACGAUCACCUUUCACAGUCAUCUUCUGAUUCUACUUCAGCUUCCGACCACACCGCCGAACUUUAAACUUGAAAUUGUUGAAAUUUGAAUAAAUGGACAGGUUUAUAUGAAGUUGGAGGGUUCUAUGUCACUCAAAGUAAUAUACAUAUACAUAUUUUUUUUUUUGGAUAGGAAGUCGCUUAAUGUAAUAUGAAUUCCAACUUCUCAAAUUUUUCUUUUUUUCUUUUUUUUUUUUGGGCCAAGCCUUCUGGCUUUGAUUUGCUCAAAUAUGGUCCGGCUGGGUCUGAUCUGAUGAACACAAACUCAACCAUCAAUCCGAACCAACCUUUCCCUUGUGAAAUACAAUCCGAACUACAACUAUAAAUUUUAAGCACUUCCGUUGCAUCCAAGAGGUGAAAUAAAGAUGCUCCUCUUCUUUUGAUAGCAA